GGCGACUGUCGGAGCUAAGAAUCUAGAGUGAUGGGACCUGAGUGAAGGAACAGCGCGACUCUCCAAGCCGGUUAUGACAGGCAGUGGCACCCGGUGUGUGUGAGGUUAGUGUGGUGCUCUCUCUCUCUCUCUCUAGACAGAGCUGAGGUGAAAGGGUCAGGAUGGCUUCAGCCUGUGCUGAGAUCUGUGGGUCAGACUACGCUGAGCAGACGCAGCACGACCAGAGAUACGGCGUGAGAUCAUACCUCCACCAGUUCUACGAGGAGUGUACUGCCUCCAUCUGGGAACGCGAUGAAGAUUUUCAGAUUCAGAGAUCGCCUAGUCGGUGGAGCUCUGUCCUCUGGAAGGUCUGUCUAGCGUUAGGAACCCUGAUUCUGGUGACAGGCCUCAUUGUCCUACUGGUGGGCUACGCCACCCCGACUAAGAUCGAAGCGUUCGGGGAAGACGAGCUCCUCUUCGUGGACAGCCACGCUGUCCUCUUCAACCGAGCCUUGGACGUGUGCAAGCUGACGGGCGCCGUGCUGUUCUGCGUGGGCGGCGGCCUGAUGGCCGUAGGUCUCCUCCUCUCGGCCUUCUCUAAGAGCUACUCCAAGGAGGAGCUGUACCUGCAGCAGAAGUUUAAGGAGAGGCUGGUCGAUAUCCAGAACACGGUCCAUCCCGUCACCAGAGCCCCGACUCCGGGGAAGAGUAAGAUCCCAGUCACCCUGUCUAAAGUGCACAGUGUCCAGCCCAACUCAGAGACAUAACAGUUGUCCAUGUAGUAGUGAGAGAGGUAGAUUAUCAGUGGUGUUCAUGUGUCCUUGUUCCUAACUCUUCUAAAGGUCAGCUUAUGUCAUCUCAGUACCACUCCUUACAAACCCUGUGUUUCCAGCCCUCAGGGCUGCAGGAGGAAUCACACAGCUCCUUUCAUGUAACGCUGUGUAAUUAAGGCUGCAGGAGGAAUCACACAGCUCCUUUCAUGUAAAUCUACUGGCUGGGUUACAAUCAUGUACCUAGACCAAGAAACUAACAGGCUCACUGUAUAGAGCAGUGGGUCUCACCCUGGUGUACUUAUCCUAUCUACAGGGGUACUUAUCCUAUCCACACGGGGUACUUAUCCUAUCCACAUGGGGUACUUAUCCUAUCCACAGGGGGUACUUAUCCUAUCCACAUGGGGUACUUAUCCUAUCCACAGGGGGUACUUAUCCUAUCCACAUGGGGUACUUAUCCUAUCCACAGGGGGUACUUAUCCUAUCCACAGGGGGUACUUAUCCUAUCCACAGGGGUACUUAUCCUAUCCACAUGGGGUACUUAUCCUAUCCACAUGGGUACUUAUCCUAUCCACAGGGGGUACUUAUCCUAUCCACAUGGGGUACUUAUCAUAUCCACAGGGGGUACUUAUCCUAUCCACAUGGGCUACUUAUCCUAUCCACAGGGGGUACUUAUCCUAUCCACAGGGGGUACUUAUCCUAUCCACAUGGGGUACUUAUCCUAUCCACAGGGGGUACUUAUCCUAUCCACAUGGGGUACUUAUCAUAUCCACAGGGGGUACUUAUCCUAUCCACAUGGGGUACUUAUCCUAUCCACAUGGGGUACUUAUCCUAUCCACAUGGGGUACUUAUCCUAUCCACAGGGGGUACUUAUCCUAUCCAC